GUUGCCAUGGCUGCCCCUGUCGCCGAGACUGAGGUUGCUGGUUUGGAGAAGCGCGCCACUCCCAUCAACUACGUCCAAAACUACAAUGGCAACAUGGCCAACUUCAAGUACAACCAGGGUGCUGGCACCUACUCUGCCAGCUGGAACAACCCUGGUGAUUUCGUCGUCGGCCUUGGCUGGAACAAGGGCUCUUCUAGACAGAUCACCUUCAAGGGUAGCUACCAGACCAGUGGAAGCUCCUACUACGCCGUCUACGGUUGGUUGAACAACCCCCUGACCGAGUACUACGUCGUCGAGGACUACAGCUACGACCCUUGCUCCACCGGCACCCAGGUCGGAAGCUUGACCAGCGACGGCUCUUCUUACAAGAUCUGCACCCACACCCAGGUCAACCAACCCUCCAUUUCCGGAACCAAGACCUUUGGCCAGUUCUUCUCCGUCCGCCAGAGCAAGCGCACCUCUGGCACUGUCAACAUGGCCAACCACUUCAACGCUUGGUCCCAGCACGGCUUCAAGGCCGGUGACUACAACUACCAGGUGUUCGCCACCGAGGCCUUUGGCAGCACCGGCAGUGCCAGCGUC